AACCACAGCUCCGUUUGGGUUGUGUGUCUAGCAUGUCGCACCGACAUGAGUCUUGUUCGUUGUUGGACUGCGGCACCCCUUUCAAUGGCGGCCUUGCUGGCUAACCAGCGCUAGCGUGGCAGCUACAUACUAGCCGCGGUCUUCGAGCUAACCAGUCGGCUAAGCAGCUCCUCUGGUCCACCCCGCAACUCCAGUUUCAGGUAGCGCUACACGCCCACCUUCCUGACCAGGAAUACUGGUUUUACAGUGUAAUCAAACCACAUAGCUGACAUUCUGUCACAGUUUCACUGAAGUGGAUCACUACAGGAACUAAACACUUUCUGUUGGGUGGAUCUCAAUACCUCUUCUUCAAAUUUUGGAUUGCUAUCAAGUUUUUCUUUUUUAGCCUAAUGAGACAUUGUUUCUGACCUCAAAGCAAAAUGUCACACUCCGGCACUCUGGAUUUAGACCGAUACAGCACCAUGGAUCGAUCCCGUCGCUCCAUGAGCCACAGCCAGAACCGACAGGCGAAGCAUGGCGAAGUCCUGUGCGAUUUCUGCACCACCAGGAAGCAGAAGGCCCAGAAAUCGUGCUUAGUGUGCUUGGCUUCUUACUGCGAGACCCACCUCCAGUCUCAUUAUGACUACCCGGCACUGAUGAAGCACAAACUGGUCAAAGCUACCGGACAAAUGAGGGAGAAGAUCUGUGCGCAGCACGACAAGCUUCUGGAGGCCUAUUGUCGCACCGAUCAGACGUCUGUGUGUGUCCUGUGCAUGAUGGAUGAGCACAAGCAUCACGACAUCGUCCCGGCUGGAACUGAGAGGACUGAAAAACAAAAACAACUUGGCACCACGCUGCACAAAUCGCAGCAGAGGAUUGACCAGAGAGUCAAAAAGUGGCAGGAUCUCCGACAAGCAGUGGAAGCUAUGAAACACUCCGCUGAGUCGGUCCUGGAGGAGAACGAACGGAUCUUCACAGAGCUCUUACUCUCUAUAGAGAGGAAGUACAACGAAGUCAAGGAGAUGGUCCGCUCACACGAGAAGACCACUGUGAACCGUGGGGAGAUUCUCCUCGACCGCUUGGAGGAAGAGAUCACCCUGCUGAGGAAGAGACACACAGAUCUGGAAAAGCUGUCACACACCGACGACCACAUACAUUUUCUGCAGAGCUGGCAAUCUCUAUCCGGCCCCUCGGGUUACGAGGACCUGAACAAUGUCAGCGUCGCUCCCAAUUACUCCUUCGAUGCCACCAAGAGAGCCAUUGCUGCCCUGAAAUUACAAGUAGAGGAAAUCAGCAAGAAAGAGACGAUGAAAGUCUCUGCGGCAGUGAAAGAAGUCUACAUCACACAAGAAAGUGAGAAAAAAACAAGGAGAGAAUCAUCAUUUUACUCUGAAACUAGAAUGACAGAAGAGCCAAAGACUAGAGAAGAUUUCUUGCAAUAUUCUUGCCAGCCAAUUCUGGAUGUCAACACUGUGCAUCCCAACCUCUACCUGUCAGAGGGCAACCGGACGGCCACAAUGAAGAGUGAACCUAAGAACUACCCCGAUCACCCUGAGCGAUUUGACCACUGGCAGCAGGUGCUUUGUAAAGAAGGCCUAUCUGGGAGUCGCUUUUACUGGGAAGUGAGCUGGAGGGGAUCAGAAAUCGACAUGGCGGUUACCUACAGGGGUAUUUUCCGUAAAGGAAACAGCAAUGUGUGCAGCCUGGGCUCGAACGAUAAAUCCUGGAGCCUCUACUGCUCUGAGUCCAAAUUCUCUUUCGUGCACAACAACAAAAGCACCGACCUACCAGUCCCGAGGUCGUCACGCAUCGGCAUUUACUUGGACCAUGCGGCUGGUGUGUUGGCGUUUUACAACGUUUCUGAGGCCAUGCAGCUUCUGCACCUCAACCGCACUACAUUUACGGAGUCUGUGUACCCCGCUUUUGGCGUGUGGGGUUAUGGCACCACCAUUAGACUGUAGAAGAGUGGAUCAUCAGGAUUAAACAGAAUAAUCAAUCAGUCGCGGUAAUCAUUAGAGAUAUCUGAGAAUCAGGCCUUUGCUGACUUUGACUGAGAUAGAAAGUUGAUAAGAAAAGUGAACAUGCUUUUAUAUUUACAAAAAAAAUAUGAUCACUGAAAUUGAUGUUUUGCAUUUCAAACAGAGAAAGUUCCCCUAUUCUGAACAUGUGUAAUUACCGCAACUUGAAUAAAUAUUGUUAAAACUAAAAUAAAAUGUGGUUUAUAAAUGCUUGCUGAAUUUGGUAGUAUUAUGAAAGUAGUAGUGUUGUGAAUUCUCAAUACCGGCCUUUAUUGGGUAGGUGUGUGGGGGUGCGU